AUGGCAGAGGUGACAGAGAACUUCUCAGCGUUACGAUUCUGGAAGGAUGUCGAGAAGAAGAAUACAUCGGCACCAGCCACAAAGAAGGGCUUCCAACUGCUAAAGCCACCCCCCGAUCCAGAGGAGGAGUUGACGACCAACUCCAUCCGCAUCGAAUACGACGACGCCGACGUCACAGGCGCAUUCAAUUUCUGGAAGAACAAGGCCAACAACUCCUCAAAGGAGGACCUCGACCCGCGUUCAUUCCCCCGACGCACUACCCGCGCUGGCACCAUCGAUCUCGCGGUACUCCACUCUCGCGAGCAACUGGAAAUCAACAAGCUACAUCAACAGCAACAAAUCCAGCAGCCACAGCAGCCACAACAACCGCAGGAAAAGAAGCCAGAGGACAAGGUUCAACCACAGGCACAAACACUCAACAACAACAAUGAGCAACAAACGACGGCUCCCGAUGAGUCGGGAUCGAGCUUGGUGGACACAAAUGGCAACAACAGGCCAAUAUCGCCACUGACUGUGCCGAGCGACGCGCGCAGGUCAAGGAGCUAUAGCUGCGAGCCACUGUCUACCUCCUCUGGAGCAUUGUUCGCACCCGUUCAAACAACAGACGAGGAGGUGGAGGAUCACUCCGAUGACACGUCAUCCUCCUCUGAGGAUACACCACAACAGGAGCAACAGAUGCAGCCACUGGUCAUCGAACAACAAACACCCACCAUCCAUGAGGAGAAUGAGGAUGUUGUUGUAUCGCAGGUCACACCUGUAGCAGUGGACGAGGAGGUUACUGUUGUCAGCAAGGUCGAUGUGGAGACAGAGAUACCCCGAGGAGAGGAGUCGACACCUGAUGUGCAUGUAGAUCAACAACCCCAGCCCGACCAGGUUGUCACUCUGAAGGUCGGACUCGAGCUUCUUCAUCAGCAACAGCAACAGCAACAGCUGCAGAUAUCCGCUGCCACUCAAUCUUCAAGCCUGGGCUCCGUGGAGGACUCCACUUCGACUUCGCUCGACAGCUACGAGAGCAUCUCGGACGAUGACUACAGCGAUGACGACACUGCCAAGGAGGUCUCAGAGGUGCAGUUCCAGUUCGAACAUGAUGGAUCCACCGCGAUCACAAUCACCACAACCGACACCUCUGAGUCAGUUGCCGCCAACAACAGUCCUGUCACAUCUGUUGAGGAGACACAAGUGUCCGUCGCCGCACAGCCAGCCGCUGCCACAACAUCUACAACAUCCACCACAUCAACCAAACCAGCACGACCAGAGUCCUUCCGCAUUGUCCAGUCUGAGCCACUGAACGUCAACCAUCCUUCAGCCGUGCCCAUCACCCCACCAAGACCCAACCGCCCAGAGCCACCAAAGGCCUCGCCAAAGCGCGGCUUUGGUGCCACACUCACACGCACCAUGACCAAGACCUUUGGUAACAAGUCUGACAAGGAGAAGCACAGAGAGUCAGUCAAUCUGGGUCAGAGCUACGAUGCGAGCAUCAAGGACAAGACGCCAAAGAAGGAGCGUGUCAAGAUGGACAAGGCAGAGAAGGAGCGCAAGAAGGCAGAGAAAGCAGAGCGCAAGAAGAAGGAGAAGGAGCAACGCGAGCAGGAGAAGAGCGACAAGAAGAGCGAUAAGCAUGAGAAGAAGCACAGCAUUGGCGGAUCGAGCAAGGGCAAGAAGAUCAAGCGCAGUAUGAGUCUCACUGACCUCAAGUCCAAGCCUGUGGCCAAGGUGCGCCAGCCAAUCCCAAAGGUCUUUGGUAUUGGUCUCUCCAAACAAGUCGCUGCCAACGAUGGCGCGCUACCUAGCUUCAUCACAUCAGCCAUUGACUACCUCUCCAACUCGGAGAACAUCGAUGUGGCCUUUGUCUUCCAGGACUCGCAUCAGGAGACCAAGGUCAAGAGCCUGCGCGCACUGGCCGACGUCGAGCCGAUCGACUUCUCCAAGAUGGCCAGCUCGCGCAUUGUGGGUGGCCUCCUGCGCAUCUUCUUUACAGAGCUGCCCCAGCCACUGUUCAACACCAAGUUCUACACAGAUCUGCUCGAGCUACACGAAUUGUCGCGCAUCGACAUCAAGUUAAACGAGCUUCGCGCGCUCAUCUGGACACUAUCACACCUGCGUCGCAGCCUUUUGCAGUUGUUCGUUGCGUUCCUCCGACAAAAGUAUGUGGACAAGUCGGCCAACGCGGCCGCCACCAUCGCAAUCCUGGCCACUACAUUCGGCCCAGCUUUCCUUCGCUCAGCCGAUCCCAAGCUUGCCAACGCACAGUUGGCACUGCGCGAGGAGACCCUGAAGCUGGUCAUCGAGAACCACGAGUUCCUCUUUGCAGAGUCGACCGCCACCGACCUGGUGCUGGUCAAGGGUGCCGAGGGCAACAUGAUCAUCCGCGAGGCCAGCGUUGACCAACUUCUGGACAAGGCCACCGACCCCUACUACGCUCACUGCGAGGAGCACUUCACUCUCAUCUUCCUCAUGACGCACAACCUAUACAUCACCCCCAACGACCUUGUUGAGAAGCUGGCCGCACUUUACAAACACGUUGCCAGUCUGGCCACGGGCGCUGGCGCUGAUUCGCCUCAGCCACCCAAGCGCGUAUCCAAGAAGCUGGUCAAGAUCUCUGAGGCCAUCAAGUUGUGGGUCGACUACUGUUACCGCGAGUUGCGUGAGGAUAAGAAGCUGUCACAGAAGAUACUCAAGGGCUUCCCACAUAUGGAGGCUUCACUCAGCUCACGUCUUUCGCACCGCUUCACGUUUGCUGACAUCCUCAAGAAGCCCAAGCAUGGCGCGGGCGGCAAGCGCAGCACACUGACGGAGAUCAUGCUCACGAACGAGGCAGCGGCCAAGGACCGCUCGCUGUUGGCCAUGGAGAUGGCCGAGCAAGCCACCCUGGCCGAAUACCAGCUGUUCAGCAACAUCCGCGCCAGUGACUGGGUGCGCAUGAUCCAGGGCACGGUCGACCCACUGCUCAGCCCACAGCUGUCUAACUCUCUCAAACGCUCGCAGACAUGGGCACAGUGGGCUAUGGGCGAGAUCCUGCAGGAGCUGGACAAGACCCAGCGCGUCUCAGUCAUCAACUUUAUGGUGGAGAUCGCACUCUACUGCAAGGAGCUGUGCAACUUCAACACGGCCAUUGGCAUCUGGAACGCACUCAACAACCAUCACGUCAAGCGUUUGGCCGAGACAUGGGAGGCAGUGCCACGCGAGACCAUCAACAAGCUCAACAACCUUGGCAACUCGCUGGCCAUGUGGCUCAAGCCCAAUGGCAACACAUUCAAUCAGAUAUGCGUAUCCACCUCGACACCUAUCAUCCCACACUUUGCCACGCUGCGCACUUUGCUGCAGCAGUUCAACGCGGCCGUACCCACAAAGGUGAACGGCGAAAACAUCAAUGCCGACAAGCUGCGCCAGACAUUCAGCAUCGUAGUGGACAUCCAGAAGCUGCAGCAGCGUGCCUACACGAUCAAGCAGUCUCCCAAGUUGCUGGCCCAGUUCCAGGAGCUCAACUCCCCCUCGCUAGACGACCUGGCCGAGUGGUCGCUCAAGGUCGAGCCCCCUCCUCAAGCCAAGAACAAGCGCUUCACUCCCACCAAGGACGUGGCCGCCACAUCAUGGCGCGAGAACAUCACCAAGACUUUCGCCAAGCCAUUGGGCCAGACAUCGAUCGGCAUCGACCUGCCGCGUCUGGCGUGCUUCUUCACUGUGGGUGGUCAACCUGUCAACACUGGCAACAAGAUCACUGAUAUCCACGGCGUUGUCCAAUCGAUGGCACGCAUGUUGUUGACCGACGCUGACGUUCCCGAGGGCACGGCGCUGGCCGACCAGCUCGAGCGCCUGGAUGGCGGCUUUGAGAAGUACAUCCCAUUCAUCACGCCCGUCGACUCGGACCUGAAGCGCGACCUCAUCACAUAUCUCGAGGAGAUCGUCGGCGCCGAGAGCAAGGUGGUUCAGGUGCUCAAGUGUUGCAACCAGGCCAUCAUUGCGCCCGCCGUCAUCGAGCUGACGCUCAACAUUGCCAAGAACCUGCAGUUCAUGGAUUCACAGGGCUCAUGGCGCAUCAGCGUGGAGCGCAGCGUCGAGCAGCCGGGCACGAUCCUCGUGCGCAAUGCCAAGAAGCAAAAGUCGCGCUCGGAGGACCCCAAGGACAUGUUUGAGUUUGAAUGGUCUCUGGAGCUGGCCUUGGAUGCCAGCUGCAAGGCUAUCACCUCGCUCGACAUCAAGAUCAUGUCGCUCACAUUCACCGAACAGACUUCGAGCACUGUCAAAGACCAACUCAUCCAAGCGUUCUCACCUUAUUUAUUAUCUAAGGAUUGUAUCAAACAACAUCAACAACAGACUCAGUCGCCAGUGGUGGUGGCCAAUGUUGAGGUCGUCGAGCAAGCACCAGUUUCUCAGCCGACCCAGACACAGCCAGAGACCGAGGAACAAACUCAAACACAGCCACACCAACAAGAGGAACAACCAAGUGUACAUUCAACCGAAGGACCAUCAUCGCCAGAGGGUGCCAUCGAGAACAAAGAAUAA